CCAAACAUGGCAUCUGCUGCCAGCAAUCUCGCUGCAUCCAUUGCCAGCAAAACUAAAACGAAGAAGAAACAUUUUGUGGCUCAGAAAGUUAAAUUAUUUCGUGCCAGCGACCCGCUCCUCAGUGUAUUGAUGUGGGGAGUUAAUCAUUCGAUAAAUGAACUUAGUCACAUUCAGAUCCCUGUCAUGCUGAUGCCAGAUGACUUCAAAGCGAACUCAAAGAUCAAGGUGGACAAUCACCUGUUCAACAAAGAGAACAUGCCGAGUCAUUUUAAAUUCAAAGAAUACUGCCCUCUAGUCUUCCGUAAUCUGAGGGAAAGGUUUGGCAUAGAUGACCAGGAAUAUCAGAACUCGCUCACACGGAGCGCCCCCAUACCCAGUGAGUCUCAGGGACGGAGUGGAGCCCGCUUUCACACCUCCUACGACAAAAGAUACGUCAUUAAGAUCAUCACCAGUGAGGACGUGGCCGAGAUGCACAACAUCCUAAAGAAGUACCAUCAGUAUAUCGUGGAGUGUCAUGGCAACACACUCCUCCCACAGUUCUUAGGCAUGUAUCGCCUCACGGUGGAUGGAGACGAAACAUACAUGAUUGUUACACGUAAUGUCUUCAGCCACCGGCUGGCCAUUUACAAGAAAUACGAUCUGAAGGGAUCCACAGUGUCCAGAGAGGCUAGUGAUAAGGAGAAGACCAAGGAGCUACCAACUUAUAAAGACAACGACUUCAUCAACGAUGGCCAGAAAAUCUAUAUUGAUGAGGAAAACAAGAAGAUGUUUCUGGAGAAACUGAAGAAUGAUGUGGAGUUUCUAGCCCAGCUGAAACUAAUGGACUACAGUUUAUUGGUGGGGAUCCAUGACGUGGAACGAGGGGAGCAGGAGCAGCCUGAAGAAGAGAGUGAGGAUAACGAGGCAGCGGAAGAAGAAGGUGGAGAGAGUGAUGGUGGAGCCACUGGCAGUCCUCCAGACAGCCCCAGUAACACACUGGAUAGCAACAAACCUCUGGGACCUGGAGAAUUUGACCCCACAAUCGAUGUCUAUGCCAUAAAGAGCCAUGACAAUGCCCCCAAAAAAGAAGUGUACUUCAUGGCGAUUAUUGACAUCCUCACACCCUAUGAUGCGAAGAAGAAAGCAGCCCAUGCAGCUAAAACAGUGAAACAUGGGGCAGGGGCAGAGAUCUCUACGGUCAACCCAGAGCAAUAUUCCAAAAGAUUUUAUGACUUCAUCACCACCAUUCUGUCCUAG